AGUAUAAUUAGAAGUACUUCAGUUCAAGCAGAGAAAUCACAGAUUUCUUAAUAUACAGGCAAGUACAUACCUAAUUGCACGGAACAAUCAAACAUGACAAAGCUGAAUUAUCGUAAUGAUAUAAUUUCUGUUUAUGUGAAUAAGAUCUAAUCUUUUCAAUAGUAUUUGUUCCAAUUUGAAUUUUUAUUUAUACUGGAAGUUUCUCUAUAUAUAAAAUUUAGAGAUGCCCGAAGAUAUACCAAGCAAUAGUUUACAAAAUACUUUUCCAGAUAAAGUACUUUCUGCUAACAGAACUACCAAAACGAAAAAGGAUACUAAGUUUUUUUUCUUCGUCAUAGUUUUGGCAUUAUUACCAUGUAUAACUGGAGGAGGUAGAAUGGUAUGGACAUCUUCAGCUUUGAUCAAAUUAUCAUCGACUGAUUCCAAUAUCAACCCCUUGGGAAGACCAAUAACAACUGCAGAAACAUCUUUGAUGGUUGGAUUACCUGGAAUAAUUGCUUUACCUGCCGCAAUACUAUUCGCAAAAUUAGCCGAUGUUAUAGGAAGGAAACGGUGUAUGCAAGUUAUAGGAUUCGGAAUGUUGUUCAGUUUGAUAGGGUUAGCAUUCAGUAAUUCUGUACCCCUAAUGAUAACGUUUCUAACCUGCAUGUCCUACUUAUUUUCUGCAACAUCCUGCGUUUUCUCUAUAUAUUUCACAGAAAUUUGCGAGGAUCAUAAUAGAGCAAAGUUCGGUAGUCUUUUAAGCACUUGUCUAAUACUUGGACAAUUAUAUAGUAAUGCUAUAGGUCCAUUUCUAGGCAUUCGUUACUAUUCACUUCUUUUAGCAGCGCCUUUAUUGCCAUUUCUAAUAUUUUUCUUUUUCGCACCCGAAACACCAAUGUAUCUAUUUGCGAAAGGUAAAAAAGACGAAUGUCUACAAGCUCUUCGAAAGCUGCGAAGUAAUAAAUCUGAAGGUGAGUUGUUAAAUGAUUUUAACAAAAUCCUUGGUAAUUUGACACUAGCAGAGAAACAUGAGAAGAAGAAUAUAUCACAAUUAUUUUCGACUAAAGAAAGUAGAUUCGGUUUUCUACUUGGUGUACUUUCUAUGCUUUUCCAAACCAUAAGUGGAGGUCCAAUUCUCAUUCCACUGAUAGCUCCUAUUUUUAAUCAAUAUAAUUUGAUUAUUUCCGGAGAAACUGUAGCUGUAUCUAUCAGUAUCGUUAAAGUUAUGAGUUUAUUUCUAACAUUCAUGAUCAUUGAAAGAAUUGGAAGAAGACCGUUACUGAUUGUAUCUUCUGCAGGAUCAGGUAUAUCGAUGUUAUUAUUAGGAACGUUUUUCUAUUUUUUGAUUAUUGAUUCACCCCUAUUCGAUCAAGUUCAAUGGUUACCAUUUCCGGUUAUCUUAUUUUAUUAUCUUGUGUACGGAAUUGGACUUUGCUCUAUACCAACUCCUAUGAUCAGUGUACUUUUCACUAUUGAAAUGCGAUCAAUGUCUAGUUCAUUGGUAUUCACUAUAGAACAUGUCUUGGUUGCUUCUUGUCAACUAGUUUAUCCAUUACUAGCUGAAAGUGUUGGUUCUCAUUGGUGUAUGUGGAUAUUUGCAAUUAAUUGUUUCAUAGCAAGUUUAAUACUUUAUUGGCUAAUGCCAGAAACUAGAGGAAAGAGCAUUGAUGAGAUUCAGCAUAUAUUUAAAAAUCAUAGGUAUUCUAAAACCAUUUAAUAGUCAUAAUUCGAGGUGUGUUAAUAGAAUGGAAGGAAUUUUCAAUUUUUGGAAUAACUUUAAGCUGCUCUAGACAUGCACUCCUAAUUUUAACUAUGCUUGUAAAGUGGAUGAAGGUAUCAUGUUCCUUAAACGAAAAAAAGUACUCAAUAUGGAAGUCUGCUUCAGCCAAACCAUUUAUUCUGGAACUGAUGACUCCAUUAUUUAGUAUUUAGGCCUAGAUUAAUCUUUUUACUGUUGUGAAGUGUCCUUCGAGCUCUUAUUAUAAUCAGUGGCAGAGGCCAUUUAGUCACUGAUUAUCAGAAUGAUUGGGCAUUCACUCGUAGACUGCAUCCAGAUUUUCGCCUGACCAGAUGCUCCAGCAAGUAAUUUGUUAAGAAUGUCUAGCCUAUAUGCUGUUAUCAUGGCUUCUAGUUGUAUCGUCGGGUCAAAAGAUGGAAGAUCCAGUGUUAUCCUGGUGCUCAAGUCAUGUAUUUUUCACAAAUCCAGCUUCUUUUCCAAUUGUUUCACAGCGUUGAACUUGUAUUUGGUACCCUUUUAUUAGUGACUUUAUGACUACAUAAUUAGCAACUCUCUUAUUGUGAUUCAGGGCAUUGUAAUAAUUUCCUCCACUUUUUGAACGUUUAAUUUAAUUUACUGCGAACAAAAUUAAUUUUAUUUUAUGUAAAAAUAUACAGAGGUCGGAAUAAAUCAGGCAACGCUCUUGAGAAAUUGACAUAAAUUUGGCAACGCUGUCAAAAAAGAUUAGAACGAAGCAUGUUCGUGACUUAGACAGUUGUGUCUAUGUUAUGAUAAGACGUGCUUAUCGAGUAGACCCGUUUUCAAAAUAAAUAGCCGACGCAUCCCGUUCUGGAUGAUCGGUAUCUGUAAUAGCUAACGAAAAUAUGAGAACAGUGACGCUGGCAUUAGUUGAACAGUCGAAACAAUCUGCAGUGUGGUUAUUGGGAGAACUUUGAAUAUACAAUUGUUCUCUAUGACGAAUGGUGAAACGCAUGCACUGUCGAGUUUACCGUCCAAGUCCCCUACACACACUUCACCUGACAUGCCAAAGUUAUUGACGUGGAAAAUGGACAAGGAUCCAACACUCCCGAACAUCCCACAUUUCAUGCAAGAUGGAGCUUUGCCGCACUAUGUUAUGUGCGCGGGAGUACCUAAAUGUUCAUUCCGAUAAAUGGAUAUGCGACGAGGAAUCGUUGAGUGGACGACACGGUCAUGUGACCUUACACCUUGUGAUUUCUUUUUGUGAGGUUUGUUCAAGGAGGACCACGCAUCCUUCUCGACCUAUGAAUUGCAAUUGAAGAAGAAUUUGAAACACUUCUCGGGCAAUUUUUAUAUGCUUCGCCGGACCUGCUUCUUCGAUGAGAAAUGUAGUCGUAAACAUAUUAAUCAACAUAUGCAUCAAUUUGAACACUUAACCUUUUUCAAAUCUUCUUAUUUCUUCUAACAAACUCAUUUUGAUGCUGUAUUUUUUAUGCAAAUUGAUUGCCUGACUUAUGCCGACCUCUGUAUUAUCCUAAUAGAAAACGUGGUGAGUAGGCCGCAAAAUUUGAAAGUUUCAUUUUCACACACCUCAUAUACCAUUUUAUUAAGAAUAUAAGUAUACUUGAAAUACGGCAAACCGCUAUGUUCCAAUGUUAUAUGAAAUUUUGCUGCAGAUUUUGCGAUGAAAACUUAAAGAGCGUUGAAUUAUCACACUUUUGUCUGAACGUACUAAGUGAAAAUAUAUUUAUUCAAAGUUG